AUGAAGACCAUUCAGGAUGAAGCUGUCGUCAAAUCAAGAUCACUGAAGCUUUUCAAAAAACAUAUGCGAGCAAAGGAAUUUACAGAGCAGGAAUGUGCUUGGCAAAUCCCUAUGCUUGACGUGAACAUAUGCUCUGAUGGAGUUAUGGUAGGGGAUACACUUGUUGUGGCUACCGUUAAUCCUCCUCGUCUUUAUGUUAUCAAAAACCUGGAUGAAGCUGAUCAGGUUCACGAACUAGAUAUUUCUGCUAUGUUCAAGUCGCGUAGAAAUCUCAUCAAAUACCAACCAAGAAUCAAACUUUCUUCUUACGGAAGUCAUAGAGUUUUGGUUCACGAAGAGGUGACAAAUUCGCUCUGUUUGGUAGAUCUAAGAAAAAAUGUGCUUCAAAAUGUGAAAUUGGAAUAUUCGGCGUUGGAUAGCGUUGCUAAAUUGUUUGAUAGCGGCGAGUAUCGACUUGUACGCGGUGAAUGCCCUGUACUUUUUGGACAUGAUGGAACUCAGAUUUUUCGUUUCGAUCCCAAUGGGAAUGUGACUCUGUUGAACUUAGGAGAAGAACUCGUUAACAGUGGGAAGAUUAGUCUACUCUCGAAAAAUGGCAACAAGUGGGAAUGUCGAGACACCCGGGUUUCUGGUACCAUACCCAUUGAUCUGGAUAACAUUUCUGAACAGGGAGGAACACUAUAUCUCUCUUCCGAGAACUUCUACUACCUCAAAACCAAAGGAUUUCCAUUUUCGCUGGAUAGGUCAGAACUACUUGGAGUUGUCCGCCAAAUCCCCAAAGAAGUGGUAGAUGCCCGUAGGCCGCAAUACCUAUCGGAUCAGGAAACGGCCAGGUUCAUGGACCCUCAGAAAAUUAUGCUGACGUUGCGUGACGGAGUUAUUGUAAGAGCCUUGCCCAAGUGGAAGGUACCUAAAGAAGCAGCAAAAGAAGGUGAAGAGCUGCACAACAUUGCUGGAUUUUUGGAAGUGAUAGAUUCCGUCAAUAACUUCAGGCAGUAUGUCCCAGUUCCUUGUCCACUGCAUCACAGCUAUCAUGGUGACAAGAUGCUCACCAUAGACGCAAGUGGAGGAGUGCGUACCUUUGAAUUGACUGAGACAACACUGGGGAAAUCGUAUAAGCAAUGGAAUCGCUUAGUAGCAGGUAACGAAGAUAACGAUCUACGGAUAGAAUACGAAGAUGGGAGUUUCGAUGUGUCAAAGCUUUUGGAUCCAAAAAUUGGCAAGUUCGAUCCAAACAAUGCUCCACAUCACGGAGGGAAUCAGUGGAUGGGAGGAACUGGAGGGUAUAGUACCGCCGGUCUGGGCGGCGUAGGAGGACCAUUCAGGUGA